GGUAACCACUUAGGUUGGGAGCCUGAGGAGGUUUUUAGUCCUCUGUCAGUAUUUUCUAGACCAGGCAGUGGCCACAGCAGAGGGAGUUAGCUCCACCCAGGAUGUUAUCUCUGACCUGGGGCAUGAGGCUAGUGGAAAGACCUGUGGUCCCCAGGGUCCUCCUCUUGCUAUUUGCACUCUGGCUGCUCCUCCUGGUUCCAGUCUGGUGUUCUCAAGGCCAUCCCACUUGGCGUUACAUCUCAUCGGAGGUGGUUAUUCCUCGGAAGGAGAUCUACCAUACCAAAGGACUUCAAGCACAAAGACUGCUCUCGUAUAGCUUGCGUUUUCGGGGCCAGAGACAUAUCAUCCACCUGCGGAGAAAGACACUCAUUUGGCCCAGACACUUGUUGCUGACAACUCAAGAUGACCAAGGAGCCUUACAGAUGGAGUACCCCUUUUUUCCUGUAGAUUGUUACUAUAUUGGCUACCUGGAGGGGAUCCUGCAAUCCAUGGUCACUGUGGAUACUUGUUAUGGGGGCCUGUCAGGGGUCAUAAAGUUGGAUAACCUUACCUAUGAAAUCAAACCCCUCAAUGAUUCACAGAGCUUUGAACACCUUGUUUCUCAGAUAGUAUCUGAGUCUGAUGACACAGGGCCUAUGAAUGCAUGGAAGCACUGGAGCCAUAAUACAGGUUCUCCCUCCUCCAGAUUGGAAUAUGCAGAUGGAGCUCCCAGACUAUCUAGUAAGAAUUACGCUACACAUCCAGCUGCUAUAAAAGGCCACUUUCAAGCAACCCAUUCUGUAUAUAGUGCUUCUGGAGGUGACAAACUUUCAUCUACUGUUGAGUAUUUGUUUAAAGUCAUUAGUUUAAUGGACACCUAUCUGACCAAUCUUCAUAUGCGGUACUAUGUCUUUCUCAUGACUGUGUAUACCGAGGCUGAUCCAUUUUCACAAGAUUUUCGAGUUCCAGGAGGGCAGGCUCAUACUUUCUAUGAGAGAGUAUUUUAUGCUCAUUUUAGGCCUGAUGCAGGAGCUAUAAUUAACAAGAAUUCGCCAGGAGAUGAUGCUGUUAAUCCAGCUGAGAGGAGUAUAUGUUCUCCCUCAGCCCUAAUUUGUCUUGGUCAACAUGGUCGAAAUCCUUUAUUUUUAUCUAUUAUAAUAACCAAUCGUGUUGGAAGGAGUUUAGGCCUAAAACAUGAUGAGGGGUACUGUAUCUGCCAGAGAAGGAACACCUGCAUCAUGUUCAAAAAUCCUCAAUUAACAGAUGCUUUCAGCAAUUGUUCCCUUGCAGAGAUAAGCAACAUACUUAAUACUCCUGAUCUGAUGCCAUGUCUUUUCUAUGACCGUCAUGUUUAUUAUAAUACAUCAUUGACUUAUAAGUUUUGUGGAAACUUCAAAGUAGAUAACAAUGAGCAGUGUGACUGUGGCUCCCAAAAGGCAUGUUAUUCAGAUCCCUGCUGUGGAAAUGAUUGCAGGUUAACACCUGGUAGCAUUUGUGAUAAAGAAUUAUGCUGUGCAAAUUGCACUUACAGUCCUUCUGGGACACUCUGCAGACCUAUCCAGAACAUAUGUGAUCUUCCAGAGUACUGUAGUGGCUCUAAGUUCAUUUGCCCAGAUGACACUUAUCUGCAAGAUGGGACACCAUGCUCAGAAGAGGGUUACUGCUAUAAAGGUAACUGCACUGAUCGCAACAUACAAUGCAUGGAAAUCUUUGGUGUAAGUGCUAAGAAUGCUAAUAUUAAGUGCUAUGACAUCAACAAACAACGGUUUCGAUUUGGGCAUUGUACUAGAGCAGAAGAAAGCCUCACAUUCAAUGCUUGUGCUGAUCAGGACAAGCUGUGUGGAAGGUUGCAGUGUACCAAUGUCACCAAUCUUCCAUUUUUGCAAGAACAUGUUUCAUUCCAUCAAUCGGUUAUCUCUGGGGUUACCUGCUUUGGGCUUGAUGAACAUCGUGGGACAGAAACAGCAGAUGCUGGAUUGGUGAGACAUGGUACCCCGUGUUCAAGGGGUAAGUUCUGUGAUCGAGGAGCUUGCAAUGGAAGUUUAUCUCGUUUGGGUUAUGACUGCACCCCAGAAAAAUGCAAUUUCAGAGGAGUGUGUAACAAUCGUCGGAAUUGCCAUUGCCAUUUUGGUUGGAGCCCUCCAAAGUGCAAAGAAGAGGGACACAGUGGGAGCAUAGACAGUGGGUCCCCUCCGGUUCAAAGGCGCAUAAUAAAACAGAACCUAGAGCCAGUAGUGUAUUUAAGAAUACUCUUUGGUCGUAUUUACUUCCUCUUUGUUGCACUGCUCUUUGGCAUUGCCACUCGUGUAGGAGUUACUAAGAUAUUUAGGUUUGAAGACUUGCAAGCUGCUUUACGUUCUUGGCAAGAACAAGCAAAGGACAAGUAAAAUGAGUUAGCCCCCUGUCUCCUCUAAGAUAAAGAGAAUGGAAAAAAAAUCUGAAUGUCAUUAGGGGACAAGGUAGAACUCCAGUCCACAGUUCUGGAUGGCCUUUGUUUAUAUCAUGGGACAUAAGACGUGUUGGACUCG